AUGAAACUUCUCUUUUACUUGUCUUUAAUCCAUUUCGUGUUCACCGAAGAUGCCAAUUAUCCAUAUGAUCUCUCGGAUUGUACACAUUUGAUCUUACCCGAACGUUGUCAAUGUUAUCAUUCUGGAAAUGAAUCUCAGUUACAUUGUCAUAACAUACAAUUAGAAUUCUUGCCUAAAUUACCGAAUAAUAUGCAUUGGUAUGCGUUGGAUUUCUCAUUCAACUCGCUUACAUCCAUUGAUAGUUAUGUUUUUUCGGAUAUCUAUGUGGAAAAACUAGAUUUACAUUCGAAUAGGUUACAAACCAUUGAAGUAACUGCUUUCGAUCAAAUACAAAACUUACGGCUACUAUUUAUUAAUCAAAAUCAAUUGAAAAGCUUUCAUCCGAAUGUUUUGACAUCGCCAGGUGUGAGUUUAGAAAUUCUCGACAUAUCGAAGAACCCAUUUGAACAUUUAAAUCUCGGCGAAAUCUUUCUCCAGGCACCCGUUUUACGCGAAUUAUAUGCGACGGAUUGUCAACUGAAUGAUUCGACGCUUUCGACGAUAUCGAAAUUAACUACAAACAACUCUCACCAUAAUCUUCGAAUUCUCGAUUUGAGUUCGAACAAUCUGACUGCAUUAUGCAAUCGUUUCUUCUCGGGUUUAGUCGGUUUAACAGAACUGCGCUUGAAUAACAACCAGAUCCGUUUUAUCGAUAAUGAUUUCAUCCGAACACUGAAUUACUUACAAAUAUUAAACUUAGCAUUUAACUCAAUCGAGCAUGUACCGCAUUUGUUUAGUUCAUCGUUGGAAAUUUGGAACAUGUCGUCGAAUUCCAUUCGAUAUUUAAGCGAUUAUUUCGUAUCGAACCUUCAUUCAAUCCGUGUGAUUGAUUUCGAAUCAAACCAAUAUCUGGACACGAUAUCGUCGCGUGCAUUUUGCUUUCUCAACAUUUUAACAUUGGAAAAGCUUUCAUUUCGCUCGAAUAAUCUCUUUUCUGCAAACACAUUUUCGGAUCUACUUUGCCAACUAUUGGAACAUAACAGUACAAAACAGAACCUUCUCGAUGUCAAUCAUAACGUCUACCUUGAAUGCGAUUGUAUUCUAACACAAUUUGAACGAUAUCUUAUUGAUUAUUGGGACUUGACUUGCACUCAACAAGGACAAGAUCGAUAUUUUAUCUCGAAAUUAACCAAUGUGUUCGCCAAUUGUACUUUAGAUUUCUGCUCACGACUGAAAAAAGAACAUAUUUGCCGCUGGGAUCAGAUUGAAUCCGUUCCCUGGUUUGGAUCAUGUCCAGUACUGACCAAUGAAGUCACCAAUCUCACAGCGAAUGAAUCAGAAACCAUCAAGUCGCCGAAUAUUUCGCAAAUAUGGACGAACAGAAGUGCACUGAAUCGAAUGACACAAACAUCAGCAUGUGAUCGAAUGAAUUCUAUCUUACUGUUGAUUCUCUUAUUUUUAUUGUAUAUCUAA